AUCCUUCACUCCUCUCAAGUCGUUCAAUCGCGAUAGGUUAUAUUUUAAUUUCAUAAACAACCUUCCAACCUCUUCGUUCGUCGUUGUUCAUCGUCGAAAAUGUCGUGCUGUGGUGGAAACUGUGGAUGCGGCUCUGCCUGUAAGUGCGGAAAUGGCUGUGGAGGAUGCAAGAUGUUCCCUGACAUGAGCUUCUCAGAGACCACUGCUACCAUCGAGAUCUUCGUCGUCGGUCUCGCUCCUCAGAAGAUGUCCUUCGAGGCGUCAGAGAUGGGAGCCGAAAACGGCUGCAAGUGCGGUGACAACUGUACUUGCGAUCCAUGCAACUGCAAAUGAGCAGCAGCUCGAAUCCUCUCGAGUGGAGAUUGUGUUCGACCACUAAUAGUAUGCAUCGUAAUAAUAAUUAUCAAAUCUCCAAGCGUUUUCCUUCUUUCGUUGCGUCCUUAAAUUGUCGCGUUCAUUAUGGUUCAGUGAUCUUGUUUGUUUAAGAUUUCUUGUGUUUAUCCAUAUGCCUGUUUAGUGUUUAUCCGUAUCUGUGGUUGAAACUGAAGAACAGAGUUUGAAUCCUGUC